AAUUAGCGUAGCUUGAGGUAUUGCUAGAGCGAGCGGCCGCGAGGGAGUGUACAACGCCAUUUUCUCGAUUCGCGGGUGAAGUCGGUACACGGGUGCGUGAAUCAUUCGCUGACGUUUUUCCACGUUUCUGUUUGACGACGUUGGAAUCAGGGGCUGUCCGCGGGCCCUAACGCGUUCAUCGGUGUUAUGCGUGGACACGCGGGCAGCUGUGCGGUGGAUAUGGUGAGUUCAGAGAGAUCGAAGCGCUCCCGGGAGACGUGACGUCUUGUCAGUUGGCCUUUUCCCAUUCCCCCUUCUCGGUGAACUCCCGCAGGGAUGGCUCGUGCAGAGUUGUCGUUCAUGAUAACGUAACAGAGACCGGACGACCGACAACCGACCGUUACGUAUCGAACUUGUCUUCGCAACGCGUCGCGCACGAUUCACGUGGAAUUAAAACGGUUCCCUGAGACACCGGGAAUCCUCGAACGUUUCGUUCGGGCCAAUGGGCGGAGGUUUAGGGCGGCACAUGGCUGUUGGGGCGCCGGUUCUGCAGGGGGUGGUUUUCCCAACGGCUAGCUCGCACUGAUUGGAAAUUUUCUCCGUUUUCCACGGUCGUCGUAGUACCCGUAUACGUAUCCCUUGAUCGGAAUCGUGUGCAAUUGCGGCCGGUCACGGUUCGAGUAACAAGUUUCCAGUGACAGUGGCAAGAGAAGUACUCCGUUAUAUGUCUCGAUCUCCUCGCCGAGGUAGAGAGAAGCUGCCGGAGUAUUCGGUCUUUCGCGGAACACGCGUGUGUUAAACGAAUCUUGUAGUUUGUGCACGUUGAACGAUCGGACGAAGGGACGUCUUGUGUGAUCGCCGACGAAAUCCUCCGGGAAGAACCGCGAUCUUUGUGCUGUGAAGCGAGGCUGACGAGUAACGUCUCAAAAGAGUGGUAAGUGAUAAUAUCUACCCAAGAAAUCUAGGAAACUUCGAAUCAGAAGAUGCCGCUCCCGAAGCGCUUGGUAGAACCGGUGCUAGUCGCACGCGGUACCAUACCCGACAACUUUCCGCUACCAUCGGAAUUAGAGGCUGUAACCAAUGGCACCUUGGCCAAUACCAUUAGGCAACUGUCCAGUCUCUCCAGGCACGCUGAAGAUUUGUUCGGUGAGCUUGCGAGGGAGGCUCAUGGAUUAAGCGAUAGAGCUAACUCGUUGCAAGCUAGAAUAGACCGGCUAGCUGUAAAGGUUACUCAAUUGGACAGCAACGUGGAAGAAGUGUCUCUACAAGACAUACAUAUGAGGAAGGCGUUCAAGAGCUCCGUGGUAUUCGACCAGCAAGUUGUCUCGAGAGACACGAUGCCUACGGCGAUGUUGGAGACCUACCAUCAAUGUGACACACCGCCACCUCUUGAUAAACUUAAUGUUUACAGGGAGGAUGGCAAAGACGGUCUGAAGUUCUACACGGAUCCAAACUACUUCUUCGACUUGUGGAGUCAGGAAAUGCUCAAGGACACCGAAAAGAAACUGCACGAUCGGGGAAAAAAGACCGAGUCUGAAUAUGCCGAACCGUUCAGAGAGCCGCAUAGGCCUCGGAACGAGGGUGGCGGCGGAGGUGGCGGCAGACAUAAGAAGCGUAUAAGGCAACCGCAUAAUACGAGAGAAAGGCAAAGACAGUUGGCUGUCGGACAUGGGGAGUACAUUAUGCCAACGCAAGGUGUACAGUACAGGACACCCCAUAAUAUACCCGACGAAUCGUUGCUGGGGAUGGUGAUGACUGAACAGCGGCCGCCCAGGCCUAACAGCAUCGAGCUGAGACGAAGUUAUCCGCCCGAAGAGCAACAUCUCUACAGUCCUCCAUCUUCCGAUCACUAUAGGGCAGCGAAUUACGUCUCUCAGGGUUAUGAAGACAACCUGUACGGUUCACAUUACGCUCCUGGACAAGGGCAAGCGGGAAGCGAGACGUAUCAAAGUCCUAGUAGUCAAAGCACGCCAAGUAGAAGUGGUAGAUCGCGGCCUUCGCAACCACCACCGGCACCACCAAGCAAUACUUCUAGCAAUUCAACCCCUACAGUAGCCUCUGCUAAUAAUACGCCAACGCGGGGAAGGUCAAUGAGUACCAGUAGGGAUACUUUGCCUCCACCACCUCCACCACCUGGUGAAACUAUAUCUCCACCACCUAUGAAUGGCUCUAUACCGUCGCAUCUUUUGAACAGGAAUGGAAGUCGCUCGAACAGUCCAUUACCCAGUCACCACUCCACGCCCACCCCGCCAAAUCAUUCAACGCAAAUCGGAACGGAUGAAACGGAUCCAGCGGCGCCACAAGAUUUGCCGCCACCGCCCCCGACUCCAGAUCCCGCACCACCCAGACCUAUCUCUCCACCCUGUAAUAUCCCACCCCCGCCUCCACCGCCACCACCGCCACCAGUUACUAAUGGACCGUCGCCACCGGUACCCCUAACCAACGGCGAUAUUGCUAAAAUGAUAGCGACCAAUCCGCCGAAGUUGAAACCCGUGAAGAAUAUAGUGGAUGGGCAAUUGAGGAAGCCCGUUAAUCCGAACAUCCCCCUUGUCGAUCCACGAAAUGAUCUACUUAAAGCAAUUAGAGACGGGAUAAAAUUGCGCAAGGUAGAGAAAAUCGAGCAAAAGGAAGUGGAACGCGUAAAUGCGUUAAACGACGUUGCAUCCAUAUUGGCAAGACGCGUUGCCGUUGAGUUCAGCGAUAGCGAUUCGGCGUCAGAGAGCGAGUGUGACAGUGAAGGAUGGGGUGAACAAGAAACGAAUCUUGCGUGACCAACUACGCUGUCAUCCACCGCCACUGCCAGUUAAAACAAACGGCUGACGAGUUUUUCUUUUCUUCUUUUCCUUUCCCAUUCCCAUUCGCUCAUUUCCAACUCAAGGCUCGCAACUUCGCAGGCUCAAUUUGAUAGUAUGUACGUAACUGAAGAAGUACGAAGAACUAUUUAGAAUGUCUUGGGCGGUUUUAGGAAUCCGUCAGCCAGGAAUACUUUUAUUUAUUGCAGUCGUUAAGAUCUAAUUGAAAAAAGAUGCUAUUCAGAAGUGUAAUGGUAGGUUUAUAAUAAGAAAAAGGAACGUCUAUGAAAGUAGCAGGCGGUUCUUGGAAAUUUAUAACUCUUUUAAGAAACAUACGCGUAUAUAAUUUUCCUUUGCGACAUACACUUUUAAUUUGUGUUUCUGUUACAAAUAAAAUUAUACAAACUUAUGGAAUAGAUGUAACUACAUGUCUUUCCGAUUCUCAAAGUUCUAAGCGAAAUUCAACGAAGGUAAAAAGGAUAAUAGAGUAGUAGAGGACACACGAUCUAGAAGAAGGUACGCACAUUAAAAGAUUGCGUCGAUUUCCUACCAUUGCUCGAUGUCGGUUGUAGCGGAAGUGUUUCCUAAUCGGCACAUUCCAUGCUAAUGCUAAUACCAUGUAACGGAACGAACCUGACUCCCUGGUUUGGACACUUGAUCAUUUACCUACUGGUCAUAUAUAUACAUGGGGACGACUAUCUGGUUUGAAUUUAUUGUUUUCAUUAAACUGACUUUACUGAUUACGUUUCUACAUUUUUCGAAGCAGUUAAAGUACUUCUAAGUAUUCGAUAAAAGUAAUUCAAUGGCCAAGAAUUGCCCGGAUACCAUAUAUUAGAUUUGAUAUUUUGAUUAAUCUUUAACACGUAAUUAAAGUUUGGGAUUAUCCCAUCUCUUCUUCAGAAAUGUAUUUGUGUAGGGGUCUUCUUAUUUAUUUCAACUAAAUUUGUCCUGUUGCAUAUUGUGAAUAACAUAUAAAGAAAAUUGGAAUUAAUAAAACAUUUAUUUUGUAAAUUGCAGUUGUUUUAAGGAAAUUCUUCAGACAUUUUUAAUAUAUAUAGAACUUAACAGAUUAAUGCAAUUUCAUAUAUUCUUAAGGCAGUUAAAUCAGAUAAUAACUAUUAUUCUCGUAUAUUUAUUCUGUACACUUAAGAAGCUUUGACAAGUGUAACUUGAUUCAUAGAAAUAAUGUAUAUAAAUACAGUUACAACAUUCUCAAUAUUCAUGAACAAAGUAUCAAAGAUUGAAAAAGUAUUGUCGUCCACGCUCAUCAUAUGGCCGGUAGUAUAACCAUUAGAUUGUUGCAUAUGAAACGUAGUUUUCAUAACUAAAGCUUUAUAAGUUUGUUUUCUGUUUAAUUAUAUUUACAUCAUCAGAACAAAUUCUAUCUAGUUUUUAACAAUUGUAAUUACAUUGAAAAUAAAUUUAUUUAAAAAUUAAAUACAUCAAGAAAAUAAAAGUAUAUUAUAAGAUAUUCAAGAUUAGAAAUGAGAUGUAGCAAAUAUGAGUAUUUCAAUCGACUAACAAUAUUGUUAAGUGUGAUGCAUGAAAUUUCAUUGAUUGCAUUAAUAAGCAAUUCACUUUUUUACAAGUAUAUUUUUGUUAAGUUUGAAACUUAUUUGAUGAGUUUCUGUUUUGUCUUUAGUGUAAUAUGUAGCAAAGAAUAAUUAAAUAUCAUUUAUUUUAAUAUUCUCAAAUCGCUUAAUUUUGAAUAUAAAGAAACGACAUUUUAUAUGCAUCGAUCUAACACUUGAUUAUAAAUGAAUGCUCUGUGUAUAUAUAUUUAUAUAUAUAUAUUCACCCUGUACGUGAAAGUGCGUACGGGGAACUAAGUCAAAUCGCAGAGCUAAUAUUUUUUUGUUCCCCUUUUCGUGUAUAAGUUUUGUAUAAUACUUGUACCUUAAAAGUUUUCAUAUGCUUACUCGGUUAGGUAGAUACAACGAGUAUAACGAGAGGUGUUUAUUCCGGUCUUUUCUAGGUUUCCAAGUGAUCUUCCAUUGUCACGGACAAUGCGUGAAGAACCAAGGUUCUUACCAGCGAAGUGUCGUAAACCAAAAUACUCCGUUUACUAUAAGUAAGGACUAUGUAAUUACUGAAUGAGUGAGGGGACUCAUAUUUUUUAGCGUUUAGUGAAGGAAACUUAAUGAUAACGACUUAUACUACUGUUAUGGUGAGGAUUACAGUUGCCAAUUUUAAGCAGAAAGGAUAUGAUUGUGAUUUAUUUUGCAUCGAUGUUGGUGAGGUACAGUGAAUAUUGAUAAGAUAUAUCUAUAUAUAUACUUUCUAUAUAUAAAUGUAUGUGUAUGUACAAGAUGGGGAAAAUAAUAUCGUAAGAAAAUAAGUCAAAAGCACAGAAUUGAAUCUUGAUAUCUGAUCAUUUACAGCUGUUCCUUUUAUUGUGAAUAUUGUUAAAAAUAUGAACCUUCUUGUUACAAACAAUAGACAAUAGUAAGUUUUCAUCAUAUUGAAGUUCUUUUCAUUUUAACAGGAAGUGAAUUUUAACGUAAUAAAGUUGAUAGAGAACAGUUACAUUUUUAGUAACUAUGAACUCUGUCAAAUAUAAAAAGAAAUGAAGAAAAUGAAGUAAAAAGCAUUUGUUGAAAUUUCAAAUAAAAUUUCCUUUAACUAUGUAAAAAAAUUCAUGUGUUUUGACUAAUUUUUUUUUAAGAGUCAGUCCUAUGUACAACCCACCCUGUAUAUAUACACUUACAUUCACGGAGAUUUUGAGGGACUUCUUUAAAACUUUUGUGAAUGCACUAGUGCAAAACUGACAGACAGAGGCAUAAUAGUAAUGAUGAUGCUUUGCAUUUUUCAAAAGAGUACAUUUAAAUAUUGUGGUUCAUAAGUGAAUGAGUAUUGCAAUUUGCAACUUCCUUUGGUCCAAAGACGUAUAAAUUGUCUCUUUACAUCUUUUAUAACAUUUUCAUUUAAAUGGUCCUUAUGAAUAAGUAAGCUAUAUUACUAUUAACAUUCAUAAUUACUUCCAGCUUUUCAACAAGAUUGUCUAUUCUUACAUUGUAAUAGUAUUGCUGAAUCUAUAACCAAUCUUUACAAUUGUUUAAACCAAAGUAAUAUAUAUCCAACUUAUAUACAUACAAUAAUACCAGUCAUUAUAACACUAGAUGGUUACUUUCUUAACUUUUGCUCUAUGAGUCUACCUCAUUUUGUGUUGAUUCAAACACUAAUGGAAAUUGCUCUUCUAUGCACUCCAAUGGUUUAUUAUUAAAUCCACGAUUGUACAGAUCAAACACUUCUAUGCCAUUAUUACGAUAACGAUAAGGAUCUGAAUAUACCUAUACAAUAUUCUAUUUGCAAUGUUCUAUCAGAGUACCAAUGAUAGAAAACAAUUUCUAUCGCUAAAUCUUCCUGCUUCAAAGAGUCCCGUAACUAUCAACACGUCGAGAUUUAUGACUCGAACAAAGGAACUAGUUAACAAGUCUACUCCUUAUUGUUCCACAAUAUCUAAACGCUACUUAUAGAGAUGCUAAUAAAUGUUUUGCAGAAGUUUCUCAAAUACUCUGUAUGAGUAUGUAUUGAUCGUUAAGAUUAUUGUAUAAUCUUAUGUGUUCGAGUGGCAAGGAAUGUUAAGGAAAUCUAUUUCUCCCUUCUCGUUUCUGAAUAUUAGUACGUCAAAAGAAGAGAAGUAUCUUGGUCGUUUCAAAGUGUGGUUACACCAACUGCUCUCUAGUUGGCUGGUCAGAUUAGCAUUAUUUCUUUUAAAUACGAGAUGUUCGAUUGAUUCGAACCGCGCGAAUGGUAAUUUAUAUUUAAUAAUUCAUUUUCACCGGUGCUCGUGCCGGCGUUUUAUCUUGUAUAAAAUGAAGUGUACGAAGGCGAAGGAUAGCGGUAUCAAUCCGCGUUCGAAGCGUACGAUUUAUCGGCAACGACACACAUGUACAUGUACAAUGAUUUUAAGAUAAUAGUCAGAACGCUAUUAAUAAUACUGUAAUAUGUACUAUGAAUAAUUGAUCAGUCUCGUCUGUACUAUGUUUAUACAUAUACGUAUAAUAUAAUUCGAAGUAUGAAUUCGUUAAGUUAUAAGGAUUCGAGUGGUAGGAAGAGUACAUCUCUAGCUAACUUCGCCAACUACGACACAGUAUUUAUUCAAGGAUUUUGUAAACGUGACGAAACGGGGUAAGCGUUUCGAUUGAAAAAAAAGCUUAAAUAUCAUGCAAGGUUGUAUGAAUGUAUAUUACUCGGCGACCCGUGCUUAUAUGCAGUGAGCUAUCACUCGCUAAAUUAUUGCGAAGCUGUUGUACCUAACCAAGAACGGUUAUUCCAAAGCUUAAUUGAGUAAAAGCGUUUUUGCGACGCCGCCGUCGCCGGAAACGAGGUCAAACGAUCGAGAUCCAACCGUUUCCGGUAUCUACUACGAACCUCGUACUCGCUCAGCAAGUCUUUGAAUUUUCACUGGUGCAAAAGUAAACGUAGGUCUCUUUUUGCCCGGUACCGAUAACGAAUAGAUAAUUCUGUUCUCCCACUAACAAUAAUAAGAGGAACGCUUAGCUCGCGUGAAACUGGACUCCAUUACGUUCACAGCGAUAUUUUGAUUCGUGUACCGUAAUACAAUAUAUCGGACAAAGACGCAAGCGCAAUAGCCCUACCGAUGAUUACAAAUGUACGACGGUAUUAUUAAUAAUAAUAAAAUUUGUAGCAAAUCUGUACAGAGCCAAAUAAAUCAAAAACUU